CACCGCACACGGUUACAUCAUAUCAUGGCAGGGGCCAUCCGACAGCAGAUCGAUAUUCCCGCGCUGGAGCGCUAUAUCGACCAGCAUGUACCGAUCAUCAAGACACCCUUGGAGGUGAAGCAGUUCGGCUUCGGUCAGUCGAACCCGACGUACCAACUCAUUGCCGCCGAUGGGCAGAAAUUCGUCAUGCGCAAGAAGCCGCCAGGAAAGCUUCUGUCCAAGACGGCGCAUAAAGUGGAACGGGAAUACAAGAUCAUUCAUGCACUGGAGCAGACGGACGUACCCGUUCCCAAGGCGUACUGUCUCUGCGAGGACAGCAGUGUAAUUGGGACCGCCUUCUACAUCAUGGAGUUCCUGGAUGGGCGGAUAUUCACAGACCCGACUUUCCCAGAUGUCACAGCGGAGGAACGAACUGAAUUAUGGAAAGACGCCGUUCGCACCCUUGCCAAAUUCCACCGCGUCGUCCCCAAAUCCGUGGGACUCGAGACCUUUGGCAAACCAAGCGGCUUCUAUGACCGCCAGAUUGCCACAUUCACGACUGUCUCCAAGGCACAGGCGCAAGCCGUGGACGUCGAAACCAAAGAACCGGUCGGGGAUCUUCCGCACUUCAUGGAAAUGGUGCGCUUCUUCCAGGACAAAUCCGCGCAGCCCAAAGACCGCGGCACCCUCGUCCACGGUGACUACAAGAUCGACAACCUCGUUUUCCACAAGACCGAGCCACGCGUCAUCGGAAUUCUGGAUUGGGAAAUGGCAACCGUCGGCCACCCGCUCUCGGACUUUUGUAACCUUACCAGCCCUUACUUCUUAGAGGGCACGGAGUAUAAGUUGGAACACUUCAGGCCGGGCGCUGUGCCUGGUCUGCCUACGCGCGAGGACUGUUUAGCAUGGUACAGCGAGUAUGCGGGGUGGGAUCCGACGCCUGAGAUCGCUUGGGGGGAUGCGUUCUUCUCAUGGAGGAGCUCAGUUAUCAUGCAGGGUAUCAAGGCUCGAUAUGCGUUGAGACAGGCUAGUAGUGCGCGGGCGGCAGAGUACGGUCAGAAGACGGUGCCUUUUGCUCUGAAGGCGUGGGAGCGGGUGCAGAGGGUACAGAACGGGCUGCGCCAGAAGGGCAAAUUGUAGUGCGCUCCUUCAAUCUCGAACAUUCGACCUCGCCGCCCACUGUCCGCCAGGAUCCUUACCCAACUUAGAUUUACAUACAAAGAAACCUUGUGGAGUGCCCAGACCACCUAGGCUCUGGAGAGCGAUUGCACGGCACACUAGUGGUGCAGCCACGGAUGGGGUGGUUUGCGAACGCAGCUCAAGCCAUGGGCAUAAGCCCGGCACCACAUCCAUGGAAGCGACGGUCUACGAGCUGGGAGGGUGCACGGUGUCUUCAUUUUUCCAUUUUGUAUAUAUAACUC